GUUUGCAGUUGUAUCGCCAUAUUGUAUAUUUAACGCGGGUCACUGGCGCGUGUAUGGGCUUUCCGUAAGAUUUUCUGCUGAAUAAAAGUGCGUGAAUUGAGAGAUAUCGUAAAAUAUCACGCACAAUGGAUCCAGAAAAGUUGAAAGUGGUCGAUUUACGGACAGAACUCUCACAGCGUGGACUCGAUACGAAAGGCGUCAAGUCAGUGCUCGUUGAGAGACUUCGUAAGGCAAUAGAGGAAGAAAAUGCAAGUCAGGAAGAUGCAAAUGCAAAUGCAGAAAAUAUACACGAUGCAAGAGAAAAUGAUGAAAAAUCAACAGAUUCUGCGAAAGUUCCACAGACACCAAAAAAGUCUUCUAGAUUGGCUAAAAGCACCUCAGCGGUAGCACCGCGCGAAGCUCCUGCAGUAAAGAAACGAAGAACUUCUAGAGUCACUUACUCUAGGAAACGGACAUCUCCAAAAAAAACUGAUCAAAAUGAUAUGUCACGUGAACCAUCACCUACUAUAUCGGAAUCUGCUUUGCAAGAGGAAUCCACUAUACCGGAAGAAACUAUGGAGCAAGAAGAAAAAGCUGAUUUAUUGGAAAAAAACAAUGAAACGGAUGCUAAAAAAUCUUUAUCAGAUAUAGGAAAUGAGGGUUUGAAUUCAACAAAAGUUACAAAAACAGAUGAUGAAUCGAAGAACAUCAAUCCUACAAAAAAUAGCGAACGUGAGACAAAUGUUUCCCAAGCGUCUAUUGUAAAAUCACCUAUGAAAAGUAGCGAAACUAUCAAGUUGCCUUUGAAAAAGUCAGACGAAAUAAAAGAUAUUUGUCAAGUAUCUAUUACAAAGUUACCUGCGAAGUGUAGCAAAAUUGUUAAGUCGUCUUUGGAAAAGCCAGAAGAAAAGAAAGACAGCGUGCAAGCAUCUGUUACAAAGUCACCUGUUAAAUGUAGCGAAAUUGUUAAGUCGCCUUUGAAAAAAUCGGAAGAGAAGAAAGAUGAUUUGCAAGCAUCUGUCACUGUGAAGUCACCUGUGAAGAGUAGCGAAAUUGUUAAGUCACCUUUAAAAAAGUCAGAAGAGAAGAAAGAUGAUUUGCAAGCAUCUGUCGCUAAGUCACCUGUAAAGAGUAAUGAAAUUGUUAAGUCACCUUUAAAAAAGUCAGAAGAAAAGAAAGAUGUCUUGCAAGCAUCCGUAACAAAAUCACCUGCAAAGAGUAGCGAAAUUAUUACUUCACCUUUGAAAACUGUAGAAGAAAAAAUAGAGAAAACAGAUAAUACGGAUCAAAAGCAACAACCAGUAACACAGAUGACAUUAAAGGAAGAAACGUCGAAAAGUACGGAAGUUGCAAAAGAAACCAUAAAAAUUGAAUCUAAUGAGUUUCAGAAUGAUACACCAAAAGCAACUAAUGACAAACAUGAUGGAAUAGAUGGUAUGAAUAAAGAGGUCGUUAAAAACGAGAAGAAGAAUGAAGAACUAGCAGACGAUGUUCAAGUUAUAGAACCUGUUAAUGAUGUUAAAACUACUAACAUUCCUGAAUCAGAGUUACUAAUUGAUGAUUCAUACAAGGAAGAUAAAAAUGUAUAUGAGAAUGAAAAUCUCCAAUCAAACCUUGAAGAUCAGUUCAUGGAGGAUGAAGAAGUUGAAUCUAGCAACAAACCAGAAAUGGAAGAUAAUAUUGACAACAAAGAAGAUGAUCAGGAUAUAGAAAUGAUAGAAAUUAAACACGAAGAAGAUACAGAUGUAGAUAUGAAAGAAGGAACUAAGAAUGAUGUAGUUAAGGAUAGAAAGCGGAAAAGGUCGCCCAGUCCUCUAGGAGAUCGUCAUGAACCGCCAGCGAUGCUCGUCGAGAAUGAACCGGAAAUUGACGAUUCUGCCUUAAUUUUAUCUUGGUACGAUUCGGAUUUAAAUUUAGUUAUCGACGAGGAUGGAUUUUUUACUGCUACCCCUAUGCACAAUGAUGGAUUUUCGCAUAUGUGGGCUGGCGCAAGAGCCUCGUACGGUUUUCUCUAUGGAAAAGUUUAUUACGAGGCAAAAAUCGUGGAUCUCUGUGCUAUCGAUGCAGAGAAUGAAGACCAUCCGCAUAUACUAAGAAUCGGUUGGUCUACUUUGUACACGUCGAUGCAACUUGGAGAAGAAAAGUUCAGUUUUGGAUACAGUAGUACUGGGAAAAAAUUAACAGACAAUCAGUUCGAAGAUUAUGGGCUUCAGUUCGGCAAAGACGACGUUAUCGGAUGUUACUUCGAUGCAACAUCCGAAAGUAACAUCAUAUUAUCUUACACUGUAAAUGGAAAAGAUCAAGGCACGGCGUUCAAUAUCUCCAAAGAAGAGCUUGGCGACAAGCCAUUAUUUCCCCACAUUUUAAGCAAGAAUUGCAGCUUCGCCUGCAACUUUGGCCAAGAAAAGCCAUGGGUAGAAGAGGUUUUACAAGACUACGUUUCAAUCGGGAAUGUGGACUCACAGUAUAAGAUCCCUGGUCCGCGGAGACCAGGCAAGAAAGAAGAAUGCGAAGUAAUAAUGAUGUGUGGGUUACCCGGUUGUGGGAAAACUACCUGGGCAAUGAAACAUGCCACCGAGCACUCCCAGAAAAUGUUCAAUAUAUUAGGACUUAAUACUCUAAUCGACAAAAUAAAAGACCCAAGCUCUUCUCAAAAAGCGGACAAUAACGAUCAAUGGGAAACACUUAUUAACAAAUGUACACGCGCAUUGGAUACAUUACUGGAAAUGGCUCCAACUAGAAGGCGUAAUUAUAUUCUAGAUCAGACAAAUGUAUAUCCUUCUGCACAAAGACGUAAAAUGAAGAAUUUUAGUGGAUAUCAGCGAAAAGCCGUAGUGCUUGUACCAUCUGAAGAAGAAUUUAAAUCGCGUAUUGCUAAACAUAAGUUGGUCGAAGGCAAGGAACCUAGCGAUUCUGCACUUCUGGAAAUGAAAGCAAAUUUCAGAGCUCCAGUCAGUGGUGAAUUCUUCGAUGUCAUCGAUUGGGUUGAACUCGACCAAGAAGAGGGCAAGAAAGUUAUAGGAAAAUACAAUAAAGAGGGAAGAGACGCUGGAUACGGUCAGCAACAAAGUAAACGACCGCGACUCGAAUCAAGACCAGAAAGCACCCGAGAAAAUCGAAAUGAGGUUCGAAGUAAUCGUGAUAACAGAGAGAGUCGAGAUUAUCGUGACAGACGAGGCAAUAAUUAUUCUGAGAGAAAUCGUAAUCCUGCCUGGCGUGGUGGUAACAUGGGUUGGCGAGAUAGGCCUCAAAGGGGUGGACAUAACAGACACGGCAUUGGUUACGGUCCUCCGGCAACAUGGAGAGGAAGAGGAGCGCCUAUUCCACUUGUACACCGUGGAAUGGACAGAAGAGGUGGUAAUGUGGAUAGAAGAAUAGGAAACGAUAGAGGCCGAGCAACGGUUUCUCGUCAAGGUGGCUGGGCUCCGAUGGGAAAUUAUCAAGGGUCGCAACAAUCCGCUUGGAAUCAGCAAAGCAACUGGUCAAGUGGUCAGUCUCAGGGAGGGUGGGGUCAACAGAAUAAUUGGGGAGGAUCACAACAACAAUGGGGAACCUGGAAGAGCUAUGGUCAAGGCUCGUACAGUCAACAGGGUUAUGGUAAUGGAAAUUGGAAUAGUUGGAAUCAGCAGUAUUGCAAUCAGUAUUGGGGCCAGCAACAACAACAACAGCAACAGCAGCAACAACAGGGUGGGCAAACUACCACCAGUGGUCAGGCUGUAAACAAACAAUAAUCUACCAUGAUAUAUAUGUUAAAAUGGUGGAGCGGACAGUAAGGCAGAUACGACAAGCGUAACAACUGCUUUAUCUGACGAUUCCAUUGGAUAUAGUCACCCGCAAGAGCGACGAGAGUAUAUAGUAAACUAUACUCCUGGUCAGCGUGUUGUCAAUACCGGAUAUCGGUUUUGAUUACACACAAAUAGAUGGACAAAUGUUUCCACGACAAUAUAUUCACGAUUUUUGUUCGUAUAUUUUUUAAUGUACGAAUCUCAAAAUUAUUGUGGUUUUGUAACUCGAGCAACAAUCUAGAUUUUGUCACAUGAAGGCACCGUUACACAUGCACCAUGAAACAAAAUAUUUUGCAUUGAGAAAUGCAAUACGAAGUGAAUUAUAGUGUUAUACAUUAUGAAUUAAGAUUGAUGAUCGCGAAAGAAGCAUGUAACAACAGGAACGUAUUCGUAUUAUGUACGUAGUUUUUAAAACGAGUAAAAGGGGGUAACGUAUAAUAAACGUUUUGUUACGGCUUUUAAUUGAAAGAUCGAUCAAGAGGAAGAGUAUCACGUAUGGGUACACUACGCAAUUAGCUCUAAGAUUGAAAUAUUUGCAAUGUUUUAUCGCUCUCGGAAAAGGAUCGUGUAAAUAUGUACAGAUUUUCAAACGUAUUACACGAUACGUUUAUUGGAAAUCUAUUUAUAUAUUAAGUGAAGUACCAUGUAAUAAAAAAAAAAAGAAAAUGAAGAAAAAACAGAUUAACAUUCUCAACACACGAGAGUAAUAUUGUAUAUGAUUUUGUCUUAUCUUUCUAUACAAAUGAAAUGAUGUACAAAAGAGAAUAUCGUAUCACGAAUAAAUUAUUACUGGAUUUGAUUCAUAUGUAUCCGCGUUUUAUUAAGCGAACAAAUUCAUUGAGAUUACCAGAACAUGUUUAUUUUCGAAUCGAAUCAUAUUUUGUAAUUAUGCUCUGCGAUUAAGAGAUGCGAUUGUUACCCAACGUUCUUCCUCCUACUCCAACUCUUCCUCCUCCGCUAUCAUCGCCACCGUCAUCAUCAUCGAUAUAAUUAUGUUCAUAAACAUAAUUCCCUCUAUUCCUUGUUUUGUUCCAUUUUUAUCGGUCUUGGUUACCCGUUGCAAUAAGCUUAACAAGCAAAGCAUAGUACCCGUUUUUAUUUUAUGCUUCGUUUUUUUCGGUUGUAACGAAAAGUUUUUUUUUUAUAGUUACAGGAUGAUUGUCUUUUUACCUCCUUUCUCUGAAAUAUUUUGUACAGUUUGUGAGACUUCGAAUUAAGGUACUUCUUAAGCACUGAACGAUAUAAAAGAUGUAAGUCGAAUAAGAUUUAAUACACGUACAAAGAUAAUCUGUGUACUCACGCGUUACCACGAUUCGAAGUCGACAAUGAUCAAAUUAUACUAGAUUGCGUUACAUCGCGAGUCCAUGAC